AUGACCAUCAAGGCUGUUAUUUUUGACAUGGGAGGCGUUUUGAUAGAAUCACCUUCUGGAAUGUGGAUAGGAAUGGAAACGGACCUAAAGAUCGACAAAGGCUCAUUGUUUGCCGCUAUGUUGGAUCCUGUUCUGAAAACGGAUGUGGAAGCUUUAGAAAGAGGAGAAAUCACAGCGGACGAGUUUGAUCUGAUUUUUACGCAGUUCUACAACAAGCAGGUAAAUUGAGG